UUUCAGACAAACUCUCAGAAAGUUGACUGAAAUCAAGUCGACGCAAUGUCGUCGACGAGCAGUAUAUGCUCUUCAAAUGAUGCCGAUUUCAUUGUUGACACCAGAAUUCCGGCAUCAAUACGUAGAGAUAUUGAUCGAUUUUCAGUUUUUAUAAAUCGACUUCGGUCAACUUUGGAUCUCAAUUCUUCGGUUGUUGACGGUGAAUCAAUGUGUGUAAAUGUGCAUGCAUCAUUGGAAAUGGUGUCAGAAUCCAUGCGGGACUUGUUUAAAUACUCUCAAUUCAAAACAAAUCCCAUCAUUUUGCUGUCUCUUCAACUUGUGCAAGCCGUCAAAGACUUGAAAUUUGAUACGUGCUCUGUGGAUACGACUCCGGUUCUGAACAUUAUCGAUCAGCUGGAAUCAGCUGUUUUAAACAUCAUUCUAAACCGUCAUAUUGUUUCAUCGGUUCAUCAUACGCCGAGUAGAAGUUCAACGUUAGGUCGCUGGAAACAAAAUAAUUCCACUGAUUCAUAUCUACGGCAGAGUGGUCCUCUUAACUCAGUAUCUCAAACAUUGCAACGGAGACAUUCCACUCAUCAAACCAAUCCGGAUCCCAAUGAUCAGUCGACUGAAAAAGUGAUGGAGAUUGAUAAGCUGCUGAUCUCAAGAACAGAUGGUGUAGACGUGGCUUUUGAAAGAACAAAAGCUUGGAGUACAUACAGUAAAGAUGUUAUAUCCUACGUAAGAGCAAGAAUACAAUUAGAACAGGAUCAUGCAAGAAAGGUUCAUACACUGGUUGACACUUCGAGGCGAGAUAUCAAUAAACCAUUCAUGCCGUUGAGAGAAAUAUUCGAAAAUUCAUUUGACACGGAAGUUGAAAUGGUAACACAUACAAAAGAAACAACGGAACAUUUGAAAGAUCGGGUUGUAGAAGCAUUGGAUGCUCGAAGAAAAGAACAUGAUACGGUUAGAAAUGCUUUGAAAGUUGAAUGGACAAAAGCUACAAAAUCAUUGCACGAUUGUGAAGAGUCAUAUGAAAAAUCGAAAAUCACUUUACGGAUGCGAGAAGAAGCUUUGAAAAAAGCGAGAGAAAGUUGCCUCCGAACAGAAAGUUCACCUCCAGAACGAGAAGCAUCAAGAAGAAGAAGAGAUUUAGAAAAGAAAAGUCGAGCUGUAGAAGAAGCCAUGAUUAAGAAGGAAGAAGCUGAGCGACAGGUGGUCUCAAUAACAGCUGAAUUGAGAAAGAAACGAAGAGAUAUAGACAAAACCAAGGAAAGCGUAGUCGAACGACUUCGUGAGCUCAUAUUCCAGUGUGAGCAGACUACAAAAGCGUGCACAGUUCAUUAUUUUACGUCUCUGGCGGCGCUUUGGGCGCGAUUGCCAGGUGCAUUUCACGAAUUGUCGAAUGCAACAAGGGACUAUCAACCGGGCACCGAGUACAUGGCAUUCCUACAAACCCUGCCCACUCGAGCUGCCAGUAGUAGCAGUCUUGUCAGAUCGGAUCGCUCAAUUGACGAGGGUGUAGCAUCAUGUGAUGGUUCAUCAUCUCUAACAUCUCUUCGAAGAAACGCAAUAAAUCCCGAUGACGAAGGAGCUCUUCCAGACACCAAACGUCAUAAAAAGACGAGUUAUGCCGGUCGAACAUUUGAUAAUCAUGAGAUUUCAACGGCAGCACAAUCUCAUCACAUUCAACGAACUGUGCAACCGUCGAAAUGUUCUGCUUGUGACACAUUGUCCAUCCUGUACACAGUUCAGUGUAUAGAUUGUGGUGGACAAUGGCAUAAAGCUUGCUUUCCAAGGAUUCAACAAGUUUGCGGUCAAGCAGCAAAAUUAGUGGAUCGUCGAACAUCAAUAUUUGGAGUUCCAUUGAAAGGACUUUUAGAGCAUCAAAAUAGACAUAUCCCGUUAAUUAUUGAAAAAAGUAUUGAUCAGUUACAGAGGAGAGGUUUACGAGCUAAAGGAAUAUAUCGAACAUGCGGUGUAAAAUCAAAAAUAGAAGAAAUCUGCAACGCAUUUGAAAGAAGUUCAUCAGACGAUGAAGUUUGUUUAGACAAUGAAAAUCCAAUGAAUCUUGCUUCCGUCGUCAAAUUGUAUCUACGAAAACUACCAGAACCACUUCUAACUUUUGAACUUUAUGAUGAUUUUGUGAGAUUAGGAACAGAAUGUUGUUCUGCACAAGCAUCUGGAUCAAAUUGUGAAGAAGAAAGAGUAGAACAAUUGAGACAAUUGGCUCGAAAACUACCGGUGCACAAUUACGAGACACUCAAAUUUAUAAUGCUCCAUUUGAACAGGGUUUCCUGGUUCCACGAAGUGAAUCUUAUGAGUACUUCAAAUUUAUCCACAGUAAUUGCUCCAUCCUUAAUUUGGAUGUCUCCAAAACGAAUAGAUCAUACUUCUGCAAUUAUGCAUACUCAGUAUACAAACAAAGCAAUUGAAGUGAUGAUUCGAAACUCAUAUCACAUUUUUGGAAUGGAUCGACAGGCCGAUUGGCAAAGUUUCUUUUCGAGAUAUAGUGUUGAAGAGCCACCAAAAGAAGAAGAAGAAGAAGAUUGUGGGAAUGAAUCAGAUAUUGAAGAUGACAUUGAAGAUUUGGAUGAGCAAGAUAGAUCUGAUGAAGAUGAUGAUGAAGAGAUAUUCUUGCCUCCAACUCCAGAUAUUCUGAAAACAACGAGGAAACCUGUGGAGCAGACAACAUCUCUUCCUAACCCAAAAUUACCCGUUGAAAGAAUAUCAAGUGGUAGACGAUCAAAUAACAAUGAGCCACCAACAAUAGUUCAAAGAAGGACCAAUGAUAUUUCAAGACGAAGUGAUAUGGGUGAUAAGAGGAAGAGUUAUACAACAUCAAUUGUCAUUGCACCUAGAGAUGGAUCACCAGAUCACGUUGAUCAAAUUCAAAUAAUCGAACGGGAUGUAUAUGACAAAGGAGCUUCAUUGGAGCAAGAUAAGGUUGAAUCGACACGUCUUUGAAGAGCUUCCAUUCCCCCUCUCAUCUCCGCAUGUCUUCUUCUACUUCUUCUACAAAGUCGAGCAUGAUACAAUUAAUUCAAUUAUCACUCACAUAGAUCUCCAACAACUGCAGUGCUUCUCUUUGGCGAACGAAUGUGUACAGUCUACGGUGGUUCAAACAAACAAUCAUCGGAUUCCAAAUCGAAAUCACCGAUUUCUGCAACGCCAAGCAACCGCAGAAGAGGAUUUCGACGUGGACGUAGAGCCAACACCGAUUCGGAAACAACACGGAAUGAAUACGGUUCCGCCGAUGACGAUUGUCUCAUCAAUGACACUUCCACCCCAGAAUAGUAUGAUUGUGUUUGCCGACGAGUUUGAACUUUUUAGAGAUCAACCUGUUUCCUAUGUGUAAAUAUUUUCUUAAAUGGUACUGUAAGUUCAAAAAUUUAUCAAUUUACCAAUCAGACCAAAAGCCAGGUCAACUUAGUUUUUACAAAUUGAAAAAAAACCACGAACUUCCAGUUUCAUUCAGUUCUUCUAAGCCAUUCUUCUUCCACUCUCUCAGAAUUCAAAUGUAUUACUUCUUUUUAUUCGAUCUGAAACAUAUCCAAAAAUUUUCGAAAUCCAAAAAACUUCCAGAACCAAUUGUUUUUCUCUCAGUUUUGUCUCAUUCUCCUACAGCUUUAACACGUUUCCCAUUGAAUUUUCCAAUUUCCAACCGAGCUUUUCUCUAGGCACCAAAUCCUGAAAGUUCUAUAACCUUGCCAUUGUCUCUGGAAAAUCAAAAACUUUCUUCAUUUCCAUUCUUGCGUUUGAACUGCGGGAUUCUCAAUCAUUUUUCUGUUUUUUUUUCUCUUUUUACUUCUUGUUCUUUUGUUUCCUUGGACAUAAUUUUAUUGUGUUUUCCUUUCAAGUUCCACAAAUUUUCUAUUUGACAUUCAAAUUCCAAUGUUUUGUCAACCUCAUUCGGACAAAUAUACGACAAUAAAUAUGCGUUUAUUUGAUUA